UCAGUUUCAGUAUGGCGGCUGGGACCUGCGGAGGAGGACAACUUCUUCCCUUAUCCUCCCGCUCCACACACCCGUAGCGCGGCGACCACCGGAGUCGAGGCGAGGUCGGACCGGGAGAGCGGGCCAGCGGCGGUGGGACCCGGGGCUGUCCGGCGGGGCUCGCUGCGAGGGCGGCCGGCGGGAGCAGAAUCAACUUAGUCGGUCUCACUUAGCACCGCUCCGCCUAGCACCUAGCCUAGCCUAGCCUAGCUCCUCCAAUUAGCAUUCUAGUUACACAAGACGGCGCGGCGGAGCGAACAAUCCCCCGAAUCAGGGGCCGGUUAUGACGGCCCAUCCAUGCCCGGAGAGGCUCUAGCUGACACCUGCCCGGGUGUGCGUUAAUCAGGUGUGUUUGCUGCAGGUGAAGACGUCAUAGCUCAAAAGGGCGCAAUCAUUUAAUUAAAAAAACGACAAUAAAUCCAGCUUUUCUUUUUUCACUGUACUUUUUAAGUGAUUGAUAGUUGGUUAGAUGUUAGAUGGACGUGGGGGUCUGUCAUCACCCUCAGCCAUGCCCGUCCUGACACCUGGUGCACAUGCUGCCCUGCUCCCUCACCUGAGAGUAGCUUUACUGGGGCUGGCAGGGGAAAGGAAGUGAUGUCUUGUCUUUUUUAUACCUGUUGGUUUGUUUUUUAUUUUCAUUUGUUUUCAAACGCAGGAGAGUCUGGUUGACUCCAAAGCAAAAGGCAAAAGAAGUGCUGUCCUUGUCCUGUUGCACAAGGUGGACGAUGCUUGUCAGUCAGUGCCUAGAAGUUAAUUAGUGGACUCUUAACAGCCUAUACCUUUAGGCUGCCGGUAUUUGUUGAUUUAUUUGUUAUUUGGAAACAAAUCCCCCCACCCCCGUCGCCAAUCUGGAUCAAGAAAACCUCACCCUCGUGUCUGGUUGGAGUAACACUCUCAAGCCAAAGUCAAUGCCUUCAGCGCUGGCCGUGUUCGCCUGCCGACCCAACUCGCACCCGUUCCAGGAGCGGCAUGUGUACCUGGAUGAGCCGGUCAAGAUCGGCAGGUCGGUGGCCCGGUGCCGCCCAGCCCAGAACAAUGCCACCUUUGACUGCAAGGUGCUGUCCAGGAAUCACGCUCUGGUGUGGUUCGACCACAAGACCGGCAAGUUCUACCUGCAGGACACUAAAAGCAGCAAUGGCACGUUCAUCAACAGCCAGAGGUUGAGCCGCGGCUCGGAGGAAAGUCCGCCCUGCGAGGUCCUGUCCGGUGACAUCAUUCAGUUCGGGGUUGAUGUCACCGAGAACUCCCGCAAAGUCACUCAUGGCUGCAUUGUAUCAACAAUCAAACUCUUCCUACCUGAUGGGAUGGAGGCCCGGCGACGAAGCGAUGUCAUCCAGGCUCCGUUACCUCUACCUAUAGACAAGGUUGCAGCCAACACUCCCAGUAUGUACUCUCAGGAACUGUUCCAGCUCUCCCAGUAUUUACAGGAGGCCUUACACAGAGAGCAGAUGUUGGAGCAGAAGUUGGCCACUCUGCAGCGCCUGUUAACCACCACUCAGGAGGCCUCAGAGAGCAGCUGGCAGGCUCUAAUAGAUGAGGACCGCCUGCUGUCCAGACUGGAGGUGAUGGGCAGCCAGUUACAGUCUUACUCCAAGUCGCAGACGGAGGAGGGAAUGCGGAAAGAGCUUUUGGCUCUUCAGGAGGACAAACACAACUAUGAGACGACAGCGAAAGAGUCCCUGAGGAGAGUCCUGCAGGAGAAGAUCGAGGUGGUCCGGAAGUUGUCGGAGGUGGAGCGCUCGCUCAGCAACACGGAGGACGAGUGCACGCACCUGAAGGAGAUGUCCGAGAGGAAUCAGGAGGAGCUGAGGGAGCUGGCCAACAAGUACAACGCUGCCGUCAACGAGAUCAAAGAACUCACCGACAAAAUCAAGGCGGCGGAGGGCCGGCAGGAAGAGCUGACUCAGCGGGGGGCGACGGAGAAGAGGGAGUUGGAGAUGCGCAUUGAGGAGAUGGAGGAUAAGGAGCAGGUUCUCCAGGCUCGUAUCGAGGCCCUGCAGGCCGACAACGACUUCACCAACGAGAGACUCGCUGCCCUGCAGGUGCGGUUAGAGCAGCUACAAGAGAAAAGCGUUAAAGAAAACAACAGUCUUGAUGUCGACAUUGUCUCCCACGGACCGGUAGAGGAGCCUGUCGAAGACAAACAGAGCCUGCAGAAACCUGAGAGCGAGGACGAAGACGAGGAUGAGGGGGAUACAGACACCGAUGAUGGUGCAGUUGGGCCAGAUGAAGAUAUUGAUGACAACUGUCAUGUCAACAGUGGAGGAGACUCGACUAGAAUCCAACAGUUGAUUGAAUGUCCGCCUGUCAAACAGCUGAAGGAGACUGUGAGCUCUUCCAUCCACAAGUUGGCCAACUUUGAUGAAGUGAUGGACGCCCACCUGCAGAACAACCAGACGGCAGAGGACGACAUUCUGGCCAGCCCCGACCGGCUCAGAGAGUCGGACAUGUCGGACACGCUCAGUCCCAGCAGAGAGCGCAGCAGCGACGACACGUCAGACGGCAACAUGGACGACCAGGAGCUGAACGAGCCACAAAACCGAGCAGCUUUGCUCAAAGCCGAGUUGCAUCGGGCCGGUUUGGAGUCCGAAGACACGGAGCAGGUCAUCAACCAUCUCCACAGAGAGCUCCUGGAGGCCCAGGACUUAGCCAACACCGGCAAACAGAAAUGUCUGGAGCUGCAAGCUCUGCUGGAGGAGGAGAGGAGGAGUAACUCUAAACUAACGGAGGAGUCGACCAAACAGAUCCACUACCUGCAGACUCAGCUGGGGAAGCUGCAGGCCGACAUGGAGGCGCUGAGGGAGCAGAGAGAGAGCACCAUCUGCAGCACCAGGGAGGAGCUCUACUCGGCCCAGGAGGAGAUUCUGGUCCUGAGACACGCCAUGGAGGCGGCCACUGGGGAGCGGGAGCGCGACAUCGCCGCCCUGCAGGCAGACCUGGGCGGCGUGCGCUCCGAGCUCGAGCACUGGAGGUCGACGGCCGCCAAGUACGAGCUGGAGAUCAGCCGCCUGCAGGAUUCCUUCAUCCAGCAGCAGCAGCAGCAGAACUCGGCGAGUCAGCUGCAAGUGGAGUGUGUGUCGCUGCAGCAGCGGUGUGUGUGUUUGCAGCAGGACUGUGACGGCCUGAGGGGCGAGCGGAGGGCUCUCACAGAUAAACUGCAGCGCCUGGAAGCGGAGCUGAGCAGCACGAGGGAGCAGAGUCUGGUCCUCACCACCAGUUUGGAGUCUCUGGAGAAGAGGGAGGAGGUUCUGCAGGACAAACUGGGUUCUCUGGAGAACCAGCACCUGCAGGAUGCCGGAAACCUGAAGAACCAGCUGGACCAGGCCCAGGCCCGCACACACACACUGCAGAGAGAGUAUGAAGAUACUCAGUCGCAGCUCGUGGACCUCCGUCAGCGCUACGACAAGACGGAGCAGGAGAAGCUGAACAUCCACCAGGAGCUGGAGCAGUGUAGGAGCAGCCUGAAGCUGCUGCAGGACAAGACCAGCUCUCCAUCCAUAUUGCAGCCUGUCCCAGCCAUAUUCAUGGGCCUUGUCCUGGCUCUGCUCUACUGGUGUUUCGGCCAGUUGUGGUAGAAAGAGCGGCUGGAGCCCCUGGAUGCCGGUCGUCGCAGUGAUGGUCGCCGUGACGGCAGCCGUCCUCUACCCCAACCUCUCCAAGAGCAGCUCCACCUAGGACACACACACACACACUCACACUCACACACACACACACACACACACACACACACACACUCAUACAUACACACACACACACACACACACACACACACACUCACACACACACACACACACACACACACACACACACACACACUCAUACAUACACAGUCGAGCGCUGUGAGGAGAGAAUCACUGCUUUACUUGUAUAAAGUAUAAUUGUACAUAAUUGUAGAGGGAAUAUAAAGGUUGUGGUUUCUACAGAGGACUCAGAUGCGUUGUGGUUUAUUUUGAGGUUGUUUUUUUUUUUUUGUUUUCCUUGAGUUUUGUCAUUUUUAUUCUCUGCUCUCUCUCAGUUGUGGUGGGCCUGUUUUGGUUUUCGUCACCAGCAGACGGAGCUUCCUCACAAAACGAUAAAAACACCUGCUUCAUGUUGUAAAUGUGACGAUAAACAGACGACAGAGCGAGAACGUGGCCUUCCAGCGGCCUCGGCGCGGCGUUGAAACUCCGUCUCCUCCUGCUGCUUUUAGAUCUCUAGCAGCGACGGAUCGGGAGAGACGCUCUCAGAGAGCUCUGCUUUGGUUUUUAGCUGCUGGUUUUUGCAAAAGGUUCCACGAUCAGUUCAAGAAACCAGAAAAAAUGACUUGUAUCAGUUAAAAACCAAAGUAAUCCCACGUUAUCCACAGACGGAGACCGCUGCAUCUCCUCCAUCAGUGUUGUUGUCGAGUCUGCUGGGGGGCGUUUCAGGUUCCAGGAACUUCCAGGAAGUUCUGCUUUCAGUCCACUUGGUUGGAUGUCUAACAUUGACCUCUGUUCUUUCUCUUUAUUCCCCUCUCUUCUCCCUCUCUCUCUCUCUUUGGGGAGUUUGAGGUUGGGUUGGAAACUUGAAGCCAAAUUAUUGAAAUGUGUUCAGAAUAUUUUUUUUUCUCCAUAUAUUUUUAUUUUGGGUGCACGGAAAAAGGAGGUCGAAGUGCCUCUGAUGUCGAAAGUGAGGACCAGAUCUUCUCCAGAGCUUUUGACUCUCCCUCGCAGCCAUAUUCCCAUUUGAAGAUACAUUUUUGAUCAAUAAAUGAUGUCCUUAUUAUUGGAAGGUUUUUGAAAGCUCCACAAUUUAACUGAACGAUUUCCAUCUUCAGCGACACCCAGGUUGUCGUCAUACGAGCAUGAAGAUGGUUUAUUUGGUAUCUGAUGAUCUUCUAGCAGAUGAUGCUGCCGAGGUGGGGGCGGGGCUAAAAGCUCUGGAGAUCUCCGGACGAUUUUCACUCGUCAGCAGCUCUGAAGGAUGAAGCGUGCACUUCGAUCCGUGUGUUUAUUUUUUCUUGAGUUAAAAAUCUAAAACAAGAAUCUGCUGCCUUCGUGUUUUAAGACUUGGACCUGAGAGCCCGGUCCUCAGGGGCAGAUGAGAUCCGGUCCUGUUGCCGUGGGAGACGCUGAUUUUCUGACAAAAAGCACAAAGUUCUCACCCGUCACAUUUGGCAGCAAAUCAUCUUCACGGCACAGACCUGUACCGACUCGUCCUGAGGAGCUCGAGGCGUCUGAUUUGUUAAAAAGUCUUAAUUGAAACACUGCUGUCCAUUUCCUCACCGACCCGGUAUUUCUGCUGAGCAGUGACCUUCGACCUUCGGUUUUCUUUUUCCAUCUUCGCAGAAAAAAGUGGCCAAAUAAAAACCUGAGAGGAGAAAUAAUUGUAUUAUGGGAUCAAAAUUUUAUUUAAUUUGUUUUCUCACCGACAUAUCGGGCUUCUGUCGAAAGGUUUUUAACGGAUAUUCAAUUUUAAGGUGUGGCUUGGUUCACACCUGGGACUCUUGAGCGGCGUUUGUCAUCGUCUGUGUACUCUGUCUCGUCUCCGUGUUGAAAAACAAUAAUAUUUGACAGCGAACAAAUAUUCCUGAUGUUUUAAAGAGAAAAACACUAAAGUACAGAGAGAAUUGUAAAAAAAUAAUAAAAAUGUUAAUGGAUGAUGUGCAACUAGACUUAUUUUGUUAAAAUUGUUUAGAGAUACCAUAUGAGAGGGAGCUAUGUAGAGAAUAUGAUGAUGUACUGAAUAUGCAGAGCGAUGUUUUGAUUAAAGUUGUAGCAAGCUGACCCACCA